AUACGGCGAUUUGAAGUACUUCGGUGUUUUGUGUAAUGAGUAAACUUCGGUGUUUUGUUUAAUAAGUAAAUGCGUUAGAUUGGUAUAAAUGUUUUCAAUAAAUACAUAAUUAAUUUUAUAAAUAAGAAAUUAAUUUUAUUUAUUUAUAAUUUUUAUGAAUUCGAAGAUAUGUUACAUACAUGUUAUUGAAGAAUUUCUAUUGACUCCAAUAUUCACAUGGAAUCUGUUUACAUGACAACAGAGGAAACUACAGUACAUAGCGAAGAAAUUGAUCCAGCAACACUAAAACUAUCAAGUGGAAUAUCAACGAAUGUAAUAAACUAAUUUGAACGAAUUUAUUUUUAAUAAUUGCUCAUUUUACUUCGAUUUUAUAUGAAGUCAAUGAUUUAAUUCAAUUUCUAGAAUCAAAUAAAAGGAUUUAUUAAAAAGACUAGAAUAAUUGAAAAGACUAAUAGUUCGUGGAUAAUCAUUGACAAUGUUUAAAAACACAUUUCAAAGUGGAUUUUUAUCAAUAUUAUACUCCAUUGGAAGUAAACCACUCCAAAUUUGGGAUAAGAAAGUAAGGAAUGGACACAUAAAACGCAUUACUGACAAUGACAUUCAGAGUUUAGUUCUGGAAAUUCUUGGAAGUAAUGUAAGUACAACAUAUAUCACUUGUCCAGCCGAUCCUCGAAAGACUUUAGGAAUCAAACUGCCAUUUCUUGUUAUGAUCAUCAAAAAUCUUAAGAAAUAUUUCACUUUUGAAGUUCAAGUAAUAGAUGACAAGAACGUUCGCAGAAGAUUUAGAGCGAGUAAUUAUCAAUCAACAACUCGAGUAAAGCCAUUUAUUUGCACAAUGCCAAUGAGACUUGACGAUGGAUGGAAUCAAAUUCAAUUCAAUCUAGCAGACUUUACUCGACGAGCCUAUGGAACUAAUUACGUCGAAACCCUACGUGUUCAGAUACAUGCAAAUUGUCGAAUACGACGAGUUUAUUUCUCUGAUAGACUUUAUUCUGAAGACGAGUUACCAGCAGAGUUUAAGUUAUUUUUACCGAUUCAAAACAAAGCAAAAUGUUGAUAAGAGUGACUGUUUUUAUAAUUCAUAAACUAGAUGGUGUAACUAAUAAUAAUUAAUCAUUGAUGUUGUUAAUUUUUGAUUAAUUACUGAUCAAUCAUUAGUGUAAUCAAUGGAACAAUGAUACAUGUGUUAAAUAAUAUCGAUAAUUUGAUAUAAAGAAAAGUAAAAGAAUAAUAGUUAUGAAUUAAUCAAUUAAUAACAUUUCAUAAUUUUAUUUAAUUUCAUAUUUUCUUUUGUGUUUUUUUUUCAUUGUAAUUACUGGAAUUGAGUGUAAAAAUAUUGAUUGAGUUUGGCAAUUUUUAUCUGUGAAUGUUAAAGAUUUUUUCAAAUUAUACACAUCAGUUAAUGCUUGCUGAAUAUUUUGUAUAAUUUCAUCGCGCUCAUAGUGACGAUCUUGUAAAUAAAUUCUUCGAAAUCUGAAGUUUGGGUGUAAUGUUAUACGUUGAAGAAACUUAUAAUCAGUUCCAAAAAAAUCUUUGGAAAGAUUUUGUAAAUUGAGCUCAAGCAAAUUCCAAUCAUCUUCAAGAAUGAAAGGUAGAAAAACUGAGCUCGGAGUAACUUUUGGAAUCUUCUCGCGAGUUGAGUUGGUUAUUAGAACAAAUUUGCGACGAUAAUCUUGUUGAUCAAGAAACUAAAUAAAUAAUAUUUAAAAAAUUA